AUGAGGAUCCAGUCCGGCCAACAUAAGUCAAUGGCUAUCGAGAUUGAUGCUAGCGUGACUUUCCGAUUCAUAGCAGGUUUGUUCGACAUUCGGUGUCCCUACUUCGCCCCGCAGAUCAUCUACUUACAGCAUGAGCGACAUCGAUUAAGAAGCCAGACAGCGUCAGAGGCACCUUGCUUUACAUUGUGGUUUUGGAACACUCAUUUUGUGAACGACUACUACUAUGCGAACAGUCGAUGGAACAGAAUCGAGGAGACGUACAUUCAAGUGAAUUUCAUUGACGGACCUCUCGUUCCCAAAGACUUCCUUGAACCAAGAUGCUACUUUCACAGUCUAGAUGGCAAAAAUCAAAGAAGGAAUGAUCACAAACUCCAGCCUCUUUCUACCAAGUCCAACAAGACCUUGCCAGAUCAAGUCUCCGUCGUGUUUGAGCCGCCAGACACACUGAUCGUGAAAGCAAAAGAUCGAGCCACAGUACAAGGCGGACGACAGCGAGCGCACAUCUCAUCCUACUCGCUCAUAGCUAAGCGCAUCACGCGAACCGUGAAACCCAAGUUGGAAGGAGCAGCAGUGACGUGCCAACUUUCAGCCUUGCGGGAGCUCAUCGGCUGCAUCUACGUCUGUCUUGGUGGAGAUGAUGAUGAGAAAACUAAUGCAGUUGACGGGAACAAGUUGAGAUUCAUCAACAGGAUCCGCCAAAUCUCCUGUGUGUCAAACUGUCUGCAACCAAUCCUGACAGAGGUGACUUGGAUUCUUCAGCAAUAUUUCAACAAGAUACCUCAGAUCACAUGUUCGAUGCUGCCUAAAGAAAUGAGAGUGUACAAUGUCACGUUGAAGAACUCUGAGAACAUUGAAGAACACUUUGACUUUGUUGCAGCUCUGAAGGAAUCCGAACGAGGUGGCAAGUUCGACUUGAACAAGUUCGUCUUCUUUCUGGCACGGCAUAUGUUUCUCUUUGGACUAUCCGAUGGAGAACAAACGCAAUGGAAUCUAAAAAAGAUCAGUGAAAACUGUCAAGCGAUUGUGACGCUAUUCGAAUACAAGGUAAAAGAGAAAUAUCAAGAUCGUCCGAAGCUUGUAGCGGUAGCACAAAACUUCAAGACGAAUCAUCAAGCCAAACUGCAAGACGAGGAAACAUUAAUGAAGAUUUUGGAUUCAAUUGAACAAUUGAAUGAAGAAAAGAAGUCGUUCUUCGAUGAGAACAAAGAAAUAUCUAAAUUCUGGUCUCAAACCAUCAAGAUGCCUUUCAACGUGGCAUUGGAACCGCAACAAGGCAAAUAUCCGCCCGUCCAAGACUUUCACCACCAUCUUCAUGGGCUCAUGAAUGAGAUCGAGGAGGUGCGGCGGUUACUGGGGCAGGCGACGAUCGACCAGCCCUACCAUCUGCUUCAAAGCUGA